GAUCCUGCAGGCGUUCCGCGCACCACGCAGUUCCGCCAUGUUUGUGACGUCAUUGACUAAUCCCGCCCCGGUGUGUAGGCUCGUUUGAUGCGGAGUCAUGAAAGUGUUUGUAAACAACCCAGUCAGAAGGUGCAGCAAACUGGAGUCGGACCAAUUCCUACACACAUCCCAGAGUGUCAGCCCAUCCAUCAAAGCGCCCCAAGGAUGUUUGAGCUCACGAUUUCUCGACGCUUUUAAGUCGACAGGAUGACUGUGACACUACUGAUGUAUUCAUUCAUAGCUCUGCUCAACUACAGCAUUUCGGCUGCAUAAACUGAAGCCCAUUUUCAUUAUCCGUGUACUGUACACCUAUUGAGUGGAAGAUGCCUUGGCCUUUUUCUGAGUCCAUCAAAAAGCGGGCCUGUAGAUACCUUCUGCAUCGAUACCUUGGGAAUUUUCUACAGGAGAAGCUGAGUUUGGACCAGCUUAGUUUAGACCUCUAUCAAGGAACCGGGUCACUUGCCCAAGUUCCAUUAGAUAAAUGGUCACUCAACGAGCUGCUAGAGACGGCAGACGCCCCAUUUGAAGUAAUUGCAGGGUUCAUCCAGACAAUAUCUCUAACAGUGCCAUGGGCAGCCCUGCUGCAGGACAACUGUGCCCUGGAGGUUAAGGGUUUGGAGAUGGUGCUCAGACCAAGACCAAGAGUGGCAUCUGGCAUUGAGCCCAUGUACUGGUCCAGUUUCAUGACGAGUAGCAUGCAGCUUGCCAAAGAAUGUCUCAGCCAGAAACUCACGGAUGAUAUAGGAGAGACCUUCCAGCCUUUUGAAGGAUUGGAAAAGUUUGCAGAAACAAUAGAGACAGUUUUAAGGAGAGUCAAGGUUACAUUUUUGGAUACUGUUCUCAGAGUCGAACACGUUCCAGAAAGUUCUAAAACUGGAAUUGCACUUGAGAUUCGAAUCAGCAAGAUUGUUUACUGUGAUGAAACAUGUGAGGAGACUUCAAGUGUGAAUGUGCAUCAGCCAACCACAUUUGCACAUAAAAACCUGCAGAUGGAAGGGAUCACCAUAUUUUGGGAUGAGUUUUCAGAUGCGUCUCGAGCUGGAUAUAAAUCCUCACCUACUGCUACGGAAACUGAGCCAAAGCUCUCCCCCAGUUGGAAUCCCAAAAUAAUAUGCGAGCCUCAUCCCCAGUUCACAGAGCCUGUGUCCUCUACAAAAACAUUUGAGCCGGUGCAGGUUGGGAGCCUCGGUGGUAAAAUUGAGUUGUCCCUCACUCUGAAAAACAACCUAGCUAUGCCUGGAGCAAAGCUUGAUGUUGUUGGACAUAUAGACACACUGGUUAUUUUGCUGUCGCCACGUCAAGUUCAUCUUCUUUUGGACUUGUUUGGAGCUUUCUCUGGUGCUGGUGCACGGGAGUGGGCAAAGGAUCGAAAGAGUCGACCAAUACAGCAAGAGGAUGAAUACCGGCUCCAUAUGGAGCUGAAUCGCUGUCUGAAGAAGGACACUGCGGUUCCAGGAACAGACCCUGACCUUUUUGAGAGCCAGACCACCAGAACUGUCUCCAGUCGAGACGAUGUGUUCUUCUCCAUGGCUGACAUGGAAAUGUCUCACAGUUUGUCAUCACUCCCUCCUCUUGGUGAGCCACCCACUGUUGAUUUGGACUUGUCACUCAAUAGCAAUUACUCUGCUUCCCCUGGAGAAUCUCCGUCUGGAAACACAACAGCUUUGUGGGAAGAUUACAUGGAUGUACCAAGACAGAGAGAGAAGCAAACUAAUGAAACUCCCGCCCAGUCGCGGGAUUCACACUUCCCUUCAAAAUUACUGAGGCAGACUUCUCAUUCAUCCAAAAGCCACGGUGAUGAAUCCAGGCCAGAGCUGGUGUUAAGGCUGACAUUUGGCAGCCUGGCCAUUUCAGUCCUCCACAUUGACCCGCUGCCACCACCAGAUGCUGCUCCCAGUCCACUUGGCCCCAUGGCUGCACACUUCUUUAACACGGUGGGCCCCGGACGGAUUGCCCCCGAUGCUUUCCUUCAGUCCCGGACAGUUUUUAACCAGGCUUGUCCCUAUGACCACCUGAGGUUUGUGGGCCAGGGCCUGAAGAUAAAUUAUGAACACUGUCAAGGAUCCAGCCUGCGAACCUUUAGCACUGACAUUUCCCUUAACCAGAUGGAGUUCUUGGAGUGUCUGUUUCCUACCGAGGCUGUCCUUGGUGGCUUCCAAAGGGGCAUUCAGUACACUGAGCUUUUGACAUUUGACACCACAGCCAGUGCUGAUGCACCGCUCACCACAUGCCUUCACCUGCUUUACAAACAGGCUGAGCGCAGAGGUCCGCAGGGUGGCCAGGUUCGCCUUAGCACCAUUCCCAGGAAAGCUGAGAUCCAGGUGGAGUUGGGUCCAGUGCACUCUGAGCUGGACAUUAGUAUUGUAGACCGCCUCAACUCAUUACUUCAGCCCCAGAAGUUGGCCACUACAGAGUUGAUGGCCUCGCACAUGUACACCUCCUAUAAUAAACACGUCAGUUUGCACAAGGCAUUUACAGAGGUUUUCCUUGACGACAGCCACACUCCAACCAACUGUCAUGUGUCACUGACUGUCACUGCACCAGCCCUGGGCCUUGCAGUUCGUUUUCCUAUUCCUGACCUGCGUUCCGAUCAGGAGAGAGGUCCUUGGUUCAAGAAGUCCCUGCAGAAGGAAGUACUUUACCUGGAGAUGGAAGACCUGGAAGUAAAAACAGAGUUCAUGGGUGGCAGUUGUCCUGACCAAACCAAGAUGGAACUCACUUUUAGGGAGCUCACUGGAAAGUUCCAGGAGGAACCAGAUCAGCCCGCUGCCCGCUUCAUCAGAGUGUCCAACACCAUGGAUGGAGACAUGACAACAUCUGAGAGCGUAAAGUUUGACUGGCCGAGGGUUGUACUCAAGAUGAAUCCUACUGCCGUUCACUCAAUCCUUGAGAGAGUGACAACAGAGGAUGAUGAAGGGGCUGAGGACCAUUCUCUUGAAGAAGAGGAGGAGGAAGGGGCUGCUCAUUCGCUGAAGGAUGUGUGUGACUUUGGGAAACCAGAGCCGUCACCGUUUUCCUCACGGAGGGUUAUGUAUGAGAAUGAAGAGAUGGUCAUUCCUGGUGAUGUUGCUGAGAUGACGGAGUUCCAGGAAAAAAACAUGAACAACUCUCGUUUCGUCCUUGAGUUGUGUUUUCCGAAUGUGCAAUUAGCUCUUCCCAGCAAGACCUUUUAUGAGAAACUACACAACAGGAUAAACAACGAUCUGCUGCUGUGGGAGCCCACUGCUCCGUCUCCAGUGGAGACAGUUGAGAGUAUGCCGUAUGGAGUGGGACUCUCUGUCGCCAGUCAGUUGAUCAACACAUACUCGAAGGACAGCUUCAGCCAGUUCCGCUCUACUUGUCCUGAAGAGGACACCAGCGACUCGGAGGAGGACAACAUGCACUACUACUCUCCUGCCUCUGAACUUAGCCACAGAUCCCGCAAGAAGAAAAAGCCCAAAACCCAAAGCAAGACGUCCCAAAGCCUGUUUUCUGUUAUCCUCAGUGUCAAUCAUGGUCUGGUGGCUCUUCAAACAAAUGCUAAUAAGGAGGAUAAAACUGUAAUAAAAAACAAACAUGGCGAGUUCUGGCUGGAGGUGAAAAAUGCCGUGUUGUUCAGUGUGACACAAUAUGAAGGUUACAGCGACCAACAUUAUAUCUGUUUCCACACCAGCAGCGUUUGCAUGUUUCACCAAGGACUCGUAGACGGCGGUACCUCGUUUACAGACACCAAGCUGCCAUGUAGGACACAUCCUCACUGGCUGGAACCAACGAUCUAUCAAUCAGAGACGGCGCCUGAGAGAUCCUCGACGCCGUCGGAAGGUAUCGGUCUGGAGGCUCGUAGCAUGGUGUCUGUCGCUGUCAAGAUCUCAUCCCAGAAUGCAGAACGCAAUGUCAAGGAGUUUCUGGUUGCAGUUGGAGUGAGAGGAGCAACCCUCCAGCACAGAGUAGUCCCUCCAGGCUUGGGCUGGUAUGAUCAGAUUGUUGACUUUCUGAAUGUUUCUGAUGAGCCUGUGUUGGGCUACGCCCCUCCCACAUCCGUUACCACUCUACACCUGCAUCUGUGGAGCUGCUCGCUGGACUACAGACCCCUUUAUCUGCCCCUGAGAUCACUGUUGAUUGUAGAGACUUUCAGUGUCUCCAGCAGUGUCUCUCUAGACCACUCUUCUUCAACACUCAGGAUCAUUCUAGACGAAGCUGCACUUUUUCUCUCUGACAAGAGCAACGCAGUGUCUGUUAAUCUAGCACAUGACUAUGUACAAGUGGUAGACAUGGGAACACUGGAACUAAGGAUCACAGCUGUCAAACCUGGAGUGGAUGGGAAACUGUCCGAACCCAGGUUUGAGCUACGUUGUUCCAGUGACGUCAUUCACAUCAGAACCUGCUCGGACUCGUGUGCUGCCCUCAUGAACCUCAUUCAGUAUGUGGCGAGCUAUGGAGACCUACUGCCCCCUGCAGAAUCGGAGGCCAAGAACAGCAGCACAGAACAAAGAACCAAGGCAGAGUUUCCCGGUAGGUCCACGUCUCACACUCCGUUGCUCGCUGAGACCGAGCAGCAGAUGUUGCAAGAUCUUAUGAGUGAAGCUAUGGAGGAGAUUGAUGGGCAGCAUGCACCAGGCCCACAGCAGAAUGGAGCACACGAUGAUCAGGGUCAGGAUCAUGACCCACCUCGCUCAGACCUCUUCCUGUUUCCAGAUGAGAGUGGCAAUUUAAACCAGGACUCAAGCCCCACUUAUCCCAUGCUUCACUCUCCUCUCAUUACUCCCGUUCCAAGCCUGGCCCAGGAGACCGACGACUUUUGCAUUCUGGAGACACCUAGUUCCAGGGUAGAGGAUCGGAAUCAGGAGCCAGUGGUAAAGCAGCUUACUCCAGACUUGGUGGUAAUCAAAGAUGAUCACUUCAGUCAGCCGCUGGGGGGGAGUGAUUCCAGUCGUGGAGCAGUGAACUUCCCCAUCCCAGAGGUGCGCUACCUCAUUAGAGAGAUCUCAGUCAUCUGGCAUCUCUACGGUGGGAAGGACUUUGGGGGUACAGCUCUGUCAGCUUCACCUGCUAGAAGCCGGGGAUGUACACCUCAUGGCUCCCCCUCCCAAACUCCAGUCAGACAGCCCAAAGCUUCAGGAAGGGCAGGAGGUGGAAAAGGACGGAAUCCUGACGUCUUGAUGGAGAUCCAACUCAGCAAGGUGAGAUUUCAACAUGAAGUCUACCCACAGGCCAAGCUGGCUUCCACACCUGCUGUGGAUCAGCCAGUUGCCCGGCAGGUGUUUGUUGUGCAAGACCUGGAGAUCCGUGACCGUCUAGCUACAUCGCAGAUGAACAAAUUCCUUUACUUGUACUCUAGCAAAGAAAUGCCCCGAAAAGCUCAUUCUAACAUGUUGACAGUGAAGGCAGUACAUAUGUGUCCAGAGUCAGGCCAGGCUCCUCAUGAGUGCUGUUUACGUGUGUCCUUGAUGCCACUUCGACUCAAUAUUGACCAGGAUGCGCUUUUCUUCUUGAAAGACUUUUUUACUAGUCUUGCUGCUGAAGUCGAGUUUUUCUCACCACCAGUUCAAGAAGCCGUCUGUGUUUCCACAAAGACUGUGGCUGCCCCGGAGAUCACUUGCAGCUUCUCCAAGCAUCCUGGCACCAGCCAGGACCUGGCCCCGAUCAUCUCACUGCCUGCGCAGAGACGUUUGAGCCACACUGGUUUCACUCCAUCUGGCCGAGAGGAAGCGACCGACAGUGAAGCUGCUGCUCCUGCAUUCACAGACCAGCCCAUUUUCUUUAGGGAGUUUCGUUUUACCUCUGAGGUUCCCAUUCGCUUAGAUUACCAUGGGAAACAUGUGGCGAUGGAACAGGGGACAUUUGCAGGCAUCAUUAUUGGGUUGACGCAGCUGAAUUGCUCAGAACUACGACUACGAAGGUUGUGCUAUAGACAAGGGUUAUUGGGGGUUGAUAAGCUGUUUUCAUAUGCAAUAAAUGAGUGGCUGAAUGACAUAAAGAAGAACCAGCUUCCAGGUCUGCUGGGUGGCGUGGGACCUAUUCACUCUCUGGUGCAGUUAGUUCAAGGAUUCAGGGACCUGGUCUGGCUUCCCAUUGAGCAGUACAGGAAGGAUGGGCGAAUAGUUCGUGGGUUUCAGCGCGGUACAGCCUCUUUUGGAACUUCUACUGCGAUGGCUGCUCUGGAGCUCACCAAUAGGAUGGUGCGGACUAUUCAGGCAGCAGCUGAGACGGCCUAUGACAUGGUGUCUCCGGUCCCUGAUGAGAGCGGAACAAAGAGGAUAAAGCGCUACUCUCAUUAUGGCCUUGCUCAUCAGCCCGUUGACCUGAGGGAAGGUGUAGCCAAAGCAUAUACGGUGGUCAAAGAGGGGAUCACAGACACCGCACUGACCAUCUAUGACACAGCCACCCGGGAGCAUGAGCAGCGCGGGAUGACGGGAGCAGUGGGUGGAGUUCUCCGUCAGCUGCCUCCGGCUGUGGUCAAGCCGCUCAUUAUGGCCACUGAAGCCACCUCUAACGUCUUGGGUGGAAUGAGGAACCAGAUUCACCCCGAUGCACGCCAGGAGGAGUCACAGAAGUGGAGGCAGGGGGAGGAUUAAUUCCUCCUGCCAUAUGACAACUGAAAUCAUGACCAUGGAAAAGCUACAGCUAUACUGAUGGGACAUUUUUACAAAGCAAACAUCUCAGAGGGGCAUUAAGGCUCCAAUGCUAAAAAGAAAAUAACAAUAUUGUUCAUUUCAGCAACUGUUAUUCAGCUUGUAUUGGUUCCCUUACAGUGCCUUCAUGGUUAUCAGCGUUGUCCGAACUGUGUGUUUAGUCAAAGGGAUGUUUUAGGUGUAAGACGUUGAGUACUGUUGUGGGAUGUAAGAUAGAAAUGAUUAUGAAGAAAUAGGCUGUUGUCAUGAGGAGCAAACAUUUGCUUCAAACAGCUCAGUUUACAAGUGUGCGGUUUCAUCCUCCUACUUGGUGUUCAUAAAUACUAAUAUUAUGGAUCUAAUCACCCCUGAUUUUUAAUUCACUGUAUUUUGACUGUGUACUGUAAAUAUUCCUAAUGUGUAACACUUUUUGCAAAUAUAAAAGAACAAGUAUAGAAACUGAAUGUGUAGAGUACAGAUGUCUGUAAUGAGCACUUCAGAAUGACUUGAAGGGUUAUUGCCCACAUGACCCAGGUUUGCUUCAUGGUUUAAUUUUGAGCUGAUAUUGGUGUUGUGUAAUGAUCAAAAAAGCUGCUAUUCUGAAGAGGCAGCUUUUACAUUUAAUGAAUAAUUCAGUUUGUCAGUCCCAUGUUCACAACUGUGGUUGCAGAAUUGUUCAAGGUCCACCUGAGUCUUAACACCCUGAUCAGCUGAUUUAGCCUAACUGUAUAUUUUAAAUACUGCAUUUGGUGUCUUUUGUUGCAGACGUUUUAUUUGCACAUUUGUUUAUGUGAAGAGUAGUAUUUGUUGUACAUAGUUGUACAGUUGUGCUUCAAUUUGUAUUAAAAGCAUGAAAGGGAAAUAAAGGGUAAAUUCACCAUUC